GCGCGAAAUCAAAAUCCGGAAGUGGAUAACGAUGUCAGACAGAUUUCAGUUUCCACGUCGAUAUGCAAAAAGAGAAACUGUUAAAAGACCUUUCCAGAUAGUCAAGACAUGGUUGACACCAAAUGUGGGAGACUCCAACCCUGGCACAUCAGAUGCUGACAGUACAAUACAGCAUGAAUUCCAGGAAUCCUCCAGCCCAGAUGGUGGGGACAUUGAGUUCACAGCAGCUUCCAAACCAGCUGAUGCCCCUGUCGACCCUACUCUUGCAGAGACAGCAGAGAGCCAGGAAGGUCAACAGAAAGACAUUGAAGCUGAACCUGGACCAACUGUUGAAGAGGCAGAGCCACCCCUCAUCCAGGAGCCACCACCUGGAGCCAGCCAAGUGGAGCCUCACCAUGAUGUUCCCCCAGAGGAAACAGAACCAGAACAAGAAGACCCUCUGCAAGUGUGCACCGAGGACCACCAGGACUCUGAUCAUGAUGUUGAAAUGCCUUGCAUCCAAGAUGCCCUCAUGUUGGAACUCCAGUCACCUGAGGAGACUGUAGAAGCAACAAAUCCCAAAAGCUGUACUGAACCAGGGUUGAAGGAUGUGGAGCCUGAUGAUGCACUAGGCAAUGUUGAUCGAUGGACUGUGAAGAAUUGGACAGAUGUUGGAAAUCCUGAAACUCAGGAUCAAGGCUCAGAAGAAGUACCAAUAUCGGAACAGGUGGUGGAAGCAACAAGGCCUCACACCAUCAGUGAUGUGCACCAUGAUGUUCCAGUCUCAGAACAGAUGCCAGACAUUACGGCAUCGUCCUCUGAGGAAACUGCUGAUCCAGCAAGCUCUAGUGUCAACGUUAGCGAGCAAGAAAAAUCUGAAUCUCUAUCAUCAGAAAUUGUAAAUGAAAACAGGGCUACAGAAUUGUCUUCCAAAAACGGGAAGAGUACCCCAAUCCAAAGUUCACCGACAAAGGAAUUCUCAAUUCGUCUUGACAGAAUUGAAGUUGAAAAAUACUUGUCGUCAAGUAAUGGAAAGGGAAGUAGAGAGACCAAGACUGACAGAGGUUCAGCCUCACAAGAAACAUCCAAGACAUCAAAAAAGAUUAUUGGGUAUAAAGAAGAUAAUGCAUCAACAUCUGAUGAUGAAGAUGAUGAAGACAGGAUAACAUCAAGUACACAUGUGGAGAAAACACCGAGGGAGAAAAGCCACCUGCAGUCAAAAGCAUCAGAGAAGAAAAGUGCAACAAAGUCGCGUCCAAAAUCAACAACAGUAUUGCCUGAGGAGGAUGUUCCUGGUUCUGAAGAUACCAUGGAUUCUGAAACAAGUUUCCAACCAGUGGAUGAUGUGACAACCUCACACAAAAAUGUUGGAAAGGAACACACAGGAAAAGUAAGUAAAUUAAGUCCAUUGAUAAAAUCAGCAUCUGUACGAAACAAGAAGAAUCAAGCACGAACAGAAAGGGAUACCAGUUCGCUUGAGUCAGAUUCCUUCAACAAAGAUGCAUCCCCAGUGACGAAGAAAAGAGCUGCAGUUGAAGUCUCCAAACCUAAAUCAGCCAAACAAAGGAAGAAAAGCCCCAAAUCUGAAUCUUCGCCACAAUCAAAAGCAACAGUAUUGUCUAAUCAACAAAAGCUAAAGAGAAGUGCAAAAGGCCGUACUCUAUCACCAGAUGUUGAGUUUUCAACAUCAGAUUCAGGAUCCGGUAAAGUGAAACCACACAGAAAUACACCACUUCGUAAAACUUCGCCUAAGAUGAUCAAACCACAUGAAGAUUCAAGUUCUGAAAUUAGUCAAGAGUCAGAAGUGGAUGAAUCAUAUAGACGCGCAAACUCUAGUAAAGCAAGAUCAAGAUUUACGGAAAGCAUGCCCAUAUUGGAAGAGGCUGUAUCAAACAGACGUUCACAUAGUCAGCGUAAUCAAGGAUGCUAAGUUGGAUACAGAAGAAGAC